AUGCAGAAAACAGGCUCAAAUAAUAUUGAGAUCCUAAGAGUGCAAGCUCUAUCAAUUCUCUGCACACCCCACCCUUUUCUUGAAUUUUCUGGGUUUGCUCCCAUUCCAGAUAAAGUUGAUUCAAUUCGUAGCAGAAAACAACAAAUUAAGAACGACACUCUUUUUGAUUUUGAUGGCUCUUCUCCCGUUCAAGAUAAAGUUGAUCCAUUUUGUAGUACAAAACAACAAAUUGACAACGACGCUUUUCUUGAUUUCGAUGGCUUUUCUCCAGCUGAAGAUAAAGUCGAUAUAUAUAAUAGAAGUAAAGAACAAAGGCAAGACAAUGAUGAAGAAAAUAUUGAAGAAGGAGAGUUUAGUUUUGCAUGCACCAAAGUCCGAGGACUGCAUAUAUUUGCCGAUGAGAUAUUUGAAAAUGGAAAAAUACGACAAAUACCACACACUUUUGACCAAUCUCUAUUCAUCUAUCCCACCUCAAACAAUAAUGUCUCACAUCUUCGACCACCACUAAAGAAGAUCUUUAUUAAGAAUUCCGUAAAUCGACACUCAAUGCUAGGUGGUAUUUCAAAAGAAUCUCAAAACGAGUCAUUGCAGAAUAUGACAAUGGUGGAGAUAAAGGCUUCGAAUGAGUGUUACGAAAAAAGCAACUCCACAGGGUCAUCAAAUUUGUGGAAAUUUAGACAAACAUGA